AUGCGGUCAGACAUCCCUGAGGCAUCAGUCUGGAAGCAGCGAAGCGGUGGAGGACUGUGGCUUUGGGAUUUCCCUGAGCUGGUUUUCUUCAAAUGGACCUUAGUUGACUUUGCUAGCAGCAGCAGUGAUAACAUUCUAGCAAAAUUUAUUACAUUCCUGAUUGCUAGUGUUGCUGAUUAUAUUUUUGCAAAAUUGAAGACAGAUUCCUGGUUAACAAUGCCUGGCAGAGUGUGCUGUUGCUGUGCUGCUUUGCGACCUCGCUACAAGCGUCUGGUAGAUAACAUAUUUCCUGAAGAUCCAAAAGAUGGUCUUGUUAAAGCUGAUAUGGAGAAGCUGACUUUCUAUGCAGUUUCUGCACCAGAAAAGCUGGAUCGAAUUGGUGCUUAUCUAGCAGAGAGACUGAGCAGAGAUGUUGUCAGACAUCGCUAUGGGUAUGUUUUAAUUGCCAUGGAGGCAUUGGAUCAACUUCUAAUGGCUUGCCAUUCUCAAAGCAUUAAACCAUUUGUGGAAAGUUUCCUUCACAUGGUGGCCAAGCUUCUGGAAUCAGGUGAACCAAAGCUGCAAGUUCUUGGAACUAAUUCUUUUGUCAAAUUUGCCAACAUUGAGGAAGACACACCUUCAUAUCACAGACGCUACGACUUCUUUGUGUCUCGAUUCAGUGCCAUGUGUCAUUCAUGUGACCACGAUCCAGAAAUACAAACAGAGAUCCGAAUUGCUGGAAUCAGAGGCAUUCAGGGAGUGGUUCGAAAAACAGUUAAUGAUGAACUUCGAGCAACUAUAUGGGAACCUCAGCACAUGGACAAGAUAGUACCAUCAUUGCUGUUUAAUAUGCAGAAAAUAGAAGAUAUUGACAG